GUCACUUUCACUUCAGUUAGGGGGCGUGUGUUUAACUAGUACAGGAAGGGCUCACGUUAGUACAGCUAUCCGACAGACAACGAGGAAUUUUAAUAACAAUUUUAAUUUCAGACAAACUCGGUGUGAUAAUAAUAUAAUGACCCAAAUCCACUAUUGAUCAUCGAGAAGGCAAAACAGUGGCUGCAUGAAUAAGCCAACUAGUCCUGCAGAUAUUGUCCGACGGAGCAAAGCCCACAACGGGACAUUAGGACAUUGUCAUCUGACAAAGGAUGACUGAAGCCCUCGUGAAAGCCUCUAAGCAAACACAGAUCUAAUCUAAAUGUCAUCCAUCAAGCCUGUGUAGAAGGAUUAAAGCAGCUCAAGGACAUGUUUGAGAAUUUCAAAGAGAGACUGCAAACGGUGCAGCAGGACUUCACAUCAGGAAUCAAGACCCUAAGCGACAAAUCCAAGGAGUCGAAAGUGAAGAAGAAACAAAGAAGAGAUGAAUACUUUCCACAAUAUUCUGCUGGAGUCGAGUUGCUCAGUCGAUAUGAAGACACUUGGGUGGCUCUUCAUAAACGGGCUAAAGAGUGUGCUAAGGCAGGGGAAACGGUGGACGGGGACAUCGUGAUGCUGUGUGCACACUGGGAGAAGAGACGAGGAGCAGUGCUGGAGCUGCAGGAACAGCUGCAGCAGAUCCCUGCUUUCCUCUCAGACCUGGAGACUAUCACCUCACGUAUCGCUCAUCUGGAGGCUGACUUUGAGGAGAUGGAGAGUCGUCUGCUGUAUCUCGAGGAUUUGUGUGCUCAAUGUGAGCAUCAACGCUUCAAGCACUUUCAGAUCCUGCAGCUGGAAAACCAUAAGAAGAAAAAAAGGAAAGAGCUUGAGUCUUUCAAAGCGGAGCUCGAUGCAGAACAUGCCCAGAAAGUGCUGGAGAUGGAGCAUGCGCAGCAGGUCAAGCUAAAGGAGCGGCAGAAGUACUUUGAAGAGGCAUUUCAGCAAGACAUGGAGCAGUACCUCUCCACAGGAUACCUUCAGAUCACCGACAGGAGAGAUCCAAUAGGCAGUAUGUCCUCAAUGGAGGUGAAUGUUGACCUCCUGGAACAAAUGGAUCUCACGGAUGUGUGCGAUCAUGAGGCUCUCGAUGUCUUCCUCAGCUCCGUAGGGGAAGAGAGCAGCGCUCAGUCUCCUGAGACAGUAGGUGGUCCGGCUCUGGAGCCUGGCUCGUCCCCCUCAGAGAUCAGCCUGAAGGUGCCCUCACAGACAGAGAUACGGCACACCAUCUCCUCCGUCUCAUCCUCCUGCACUGACACCAUCAGCGGCGUGACCGAGGGUCCGGAUGAAGAGGAUGCCAGCGAGGAAAGCUGUAGCGGAGACUCUCCACUGGUCCAGUCAGAUGAGGAGGAGGUUCAUGCUGACACAGCCCUCAUGGGCCUCCCAGAAACUGAGCCGCUCAAAAGCUCAGACGACAGCGACACACAGGCCCCCUAGUGGCCACGGAUGGCAAACGCACUCGUUUAAGUUGGUUUCUGGAUGAAAACCUGUUUUACAUCAAGGCCCAGACAGAAGGAGUGCUGAAGACCGGCCAGAUGUUUCUUCAUGGCUUAAUGCGACACUUUGAGAUGAAGAUUUUGGAGCCUUAUAGAACGCAGUUUAUGCUCAGCCUAGAGAGCACUUCUUCUGACUCUUAGCACUGUGAUUUUUUUUCUUUUUUUUUCUUUUAUUCUUUCCCAAUACAAAAAAUCAACUCAAUGUAUGACACAAUUCUUCGUAUUACCUAUUGCAUCAAAAUUAUAUAAUAAUAAUAAUAAACAUUUUACAGUGUUCCCUCUAAUAUCACUGAUGGAUGUUGCAUGAAUUUGCAAUGCGGAGCUCAUUUUUGCAUAUGACAUUAUUGAGCCGAUUGAAAGACUCUGAAAUAAAAUAAAUGUACCUUGAAAUUAAA